AUGUCAAGAGGAUUUCAUGAAGAUUAGUAGUUUAAAAAGGAAUUUUUACAAAUAGUUGAUGCACAUGGUGGAGAGAAUUGUAGACAUUGGACAAAAGUGGCAAGAGUAUAUUUUGAAACAACAGGGAUUUAAGUGAAUUAAACUUAUAAAUUAAGAAAGAGAUGGGAAACAUUAACUGGAUAUAAAGAGAAUUUAAAUGAAGAAUAAGCAAAGAUUUUAUAUGAGACAGGAAUUAAAUGUAGAGGAAAUAAUAAAGGAGGAUUAUAGAAUUUUACAUAAAAAACAGGUGUUAGGUAUUAGAAUAUUAGAUAUAAUAGAAUGUAUUUAGGUAGAUACACAAAGACUAUAUCAAAAUGGUUACGAGGAGCAAUAAAAUUAUUUUAAGAAAUGUAUAUUCAUGAUAAGAAGACAAAGUAUAGAAGAUUAGAUGAAGAUAAUUAUCGGUUAUCAUAUGUUUCAAUUCAUAUCAUGUUAAGAGCAGUAGAUGUUAAUGAUAUAGGAGAUGAUGAUCCAAUAUUCUGGGAAUUAAAAUAAUGUGCAAUUAAAUUAGAAUAAUUAUUAUUAUUACAUGCUAAAAUCCAUAAAGAAUUAGAUAAAAGAGAAAAUUAUGAAAAUUAUGAUAUUUAUAAAAACUUUUUGAGAAGAUGGUAAUUUAGAAGAAUAAUGUUCUUUUUAGAUUAUGUUAAUGAAUUAAAAUAGAUUAGUAUAAGCUAUUAUAAAGAAUUAAUUAUAUUAGCUCAUCCUUUAUUAAAGAAAUCGAUAGAGUUAAAUAAGUAGACUGAAAUUUAUUAGAAAAUUAUUUUAGAAUCAGAUUGGCAAUCUAAAUAUUAAUUAUAUAAUUAAUGUUAAGCUUUAUAAGAGAAUUAAGAAUAUUCAAUGUUAAUUAAAAAGGCAUCUAAGAAAUAAAAAGAUUAAAUAAAUAAAGGUUUAGAAGAAAAGUCGUUAGAUAUAGAAAACAAUAUUAAGAAUGAUAAUAUGUUAUAAGGAUAUGAUGUAGUAUCAAAAUCAGUCCAUAAGGUAUGUAAUAAAAUGGCACAUGCAAGAAUAACUCCAACUGAAAAAUAAAAAUUAAGAACAUUUCGAGGACAUUAUGUUAGACCAGGUUAGAUUAAAUCUAAGGGUUGGACUACAAUAUUAUUUGAUCAUGAUUUACCUUCAAGUUAGGAUGAAAAAGAUAUAGAAGAUCAAUAAAAUUAUAGUAAUUUAAAUAUAAAAGAACUCUCUAGAAUUUAUAAUAAUAAUUUUGAAAAAGAUGUUGGAAAAUUAUAAAGAAAAUAAAGAGAUAAAAAAUAAAAGAAAAAUAAACCAUAUGCAUUUUGA